UAACCCUAACCCUAACCCUAACCCUAACCCUAACCCUAACCCUAACCCUAACCCUAACCCUAACCCUAACCCUAACCCUAACCCUAACCCUAACCCUAACCCUAACCCUAACCCUAACCCUAACCCUAACCCUAACCCUAACCCUAACCCUAACCCUAACCCUAACCCUAACCCUAACCCUAACCCUAACCCUAACCCUAACCCUAACCCUAACCCUAACCCUAACCCUAACCCUAACCCUAACCCUAACCCUAACCCUAACCCUAACCCUAACCCUAACCCUAACCCUAACCCUAACCCUAACCCUAACCCUAACCCUAACCCUAACCCUAACCCUAACCCUAACCCGCGCAUUGGGGCCCAAAAUGCCCUUCAGGGAUUGCAUUCGCCGAGCGCUCAAUAA